AAUACUCGUCUGCUGAGAAUCGCAGUCUGGAAGGGAUGGUGAUGAUUUAACAAAAGAAUUCUCUAAAAUGUUCCCUGGUGCUAAUACUGUUCUUAAUAAUAUGAAGAGGUUUUGCCAGGAAGAGGAAUAAAACCAUCAACUGGAUUUGAAAAACAAAAAAAAAGAAAGUAAAGAAAAUAGGCACAGGAUAAUUUUUUUUAGAGCACACAGGGGGAAAAAUUACCUUUAUGAUGGUUUUGUCAUUUUCAAAAAAACGCCUCAUUCUCUGAAUUUCCCCAGCCAGGCAAGGUUGUUAUAAAUGGUAGGUAGGGAAAUCAGAGUGUGGCAAUAAAGGGGUUAAUCCACAGAGCACAGAGCCAUCUGGCUGAGCUGGUUUGUUAUAAUCGAGCAGAUUAUGUUCACGGGACUCAGAGUUUAAGGCUCCUCUCCCAUAGAGCAACUCUGCACAACCCAAGCAGACCAACUUUGGGACUUUGAAUGAACGUAUUUACAUCCACCUUUCUCUUCAUGUCGACUUUUCUGGAAACAUUCACACGGAUGCCAUGGUUACUCCUACCACGAUCUUACAGGUGAACAAGGUGAUGUCCAUCUUGUUUUAUGUGAUAUUUCUCGCUUACCUUCGUGGCAUCCAGUCUUCCAACAUGGAUCAAAGGAGUUUGCCAGAAGAUUCAAUAAAUUCUCUUAUUAUUAAACUCAUUCAGGCAGACAUUUUAAAAAACAAGCUUUCUAAGCAGAUGGUAGACAUUAAGGAAAACUAUCAAAACACGGUGCAGAAAACAGACACUCAGCAAGACAUGGAUGGAGAGGAAAAUGUGAAAUCAGACUUCCAGCCAGUUAUCUCAGUGGAUACAGAUCUCUUGAGGCAGCAGAGACGCUACAACUCCCCCCGAGUCCUCCUGAGUGACAACACGCCACUGGAGCCACCGCCACUGUACCUCAUGGAGGAUUACAUCGGGAAUUCCGUGGUGGUGAACAGAACCUCCCGUCGGAAAAGGUACGCGGAGCACAGGGGCCACCGGGGGGAAUACUCCGUUUGUGACAGUGAAAGUUUGUGGGUCACGGACAAAUCCUCUGCCAUCGACAUCAGGGGACACCAGGUGACUGUUCUGGGAGAAAUUAAAACGGGCAACUCUCCGGUUAAGCAAUACUUUUAUGAAACAAGGUGUAAAGAGGCCAAACCGGUAAAAAACGGCUGCCGCGGCAUCGAUGACAAGCACUGGAACUCCCAAUGCAAGACAUCCCAAACUUAUGUCAGAGCACUGACUUCAGAAAACAACAAACUGGUGGGCUGGAGGUGGAUAAGGAUAGACACCUCCUGCGUGUGCGCCUUGUCCAGGAAAAUAGGAAGAACAUAGAUCUGCAUCUCUUUGCUAUAUAAAUUAUUACAUUAAAUUAUAUGAUAUGCAUGUAGCAUAUAAAUGUUUAUAUUGUUUUAUAUAUAUUAUAAGUUGACCUUAUUUAUUAAACUUCAGCAAAUCUACAGUAUAUAAGCUUUCUCUCUCAAUAAACAAGAGCAAAGGGUGUGUGCCUCUGCCGUGGCCAACUCUGGGGUUUUUUAGACUCUUUGUGACACUGCUUGUCGGCAGCAUACCAUAACUUUCCUGUAAAAUCUGUAAAAUCAGUAUUUUUCAUUCAGUAUUGUCAAACCAGUGACUGUCAUUUAGUAAACUUGUUAAAAAUCA